GUAUGUUGUUUUUUCGGUUCACUUCGUCGCCACUCAAAACAAAUGAUAGUGUAUUUAAACUUUCUGUUUUGAAUGAUGGCAAGUUGUGAAGUCUGAUGAGAAUCUGAUUUCAGAUUAUUUGGUCCUAGUACUCUUACGUGUUUAUCUGAUAUACAUUUGAUAUUUGUAAAGUGCUACAGGCAUCGUGCGAAAUCUAGGUCUGUAUUUACUUUCUGUCGUCCUACACACAACACACUCAGCUCAGGGAGGCGUGUCUGUUUGCUGAACUGAUUUAGGCCUACAGUAAAAGUGGUUCGUCAACUAGCCUAGGCCUAGGUAGUAGUAGAUAUACCAAACUAGUGUUGUACCUGAUCGAUGGCCAAGGGAACGAGCAAUUUAUAAUGAACUCAAAGAAUGACCAACCAAACUCUGAGGAGAACAAGAGAGGGAAACGUCAAAGACAUAAUUCUAUUAGAAAACCACCUAUGCCAUGGUUUGGAGUAGACAUCGGCGGAACUCUCGCAAAACUUGUUUAUUUCGAGCCAACGGACGUGACCAGUCCCGAGGAUGAUCCAGAAAUAGAGAUGGACACGUUACAGAACAUUCGGCAUUACUUAACUUCAAAUGUUGCCUAUGGCGACACUGGUAUACGAGACGUUCACCUUGAAAUGAAGAAUAUACAAAUUCUAGACCACGUAGGGUCUCUGCACUUUAUACGUUUUCCAACGGCUAGUAUGAAUCUAUUUUUAGAGAUGGUUGAUGUUAAAAAUUUACGAAGCUUAGCAGACACAAUUCACGCAACAGGGGGUGGUGCUUACAAAUUUGAAUCAGACUUUCAUGAAACAGUCAACAUGAGCUUGCAAAAACAUGAUGAAUUGAACUGUUUAAUCAAAGGAAUACAUUUCAUUGAUGGACAUUUAAACAAUGAAUGUUAUUACUGGAAGAAUCCAAAUCCUUUAAAUUUAGAGGGAAGUGUCAAGAUGCCCUUUAACUUUCGAGACCCAUAUCCUUAUAUGGUCGUCAACAUCGGCUCGGGGGUGAGCAUCCUAGUGGUAGAGUCGCAAGAUAACUUUCGCCGAGUCUCUGGAACAAGCCUAGGUGGUGGGACAUUCCUUGGAUUAUGUUGCUUAUUAACAGGAUGUAAAACCUUUGAAGAAGCCAUAGAGAUGGCUGCAAUGGGAGACAGUUCUCACUGUGAUAAGCUAGUACAAGAUAUAUAUGGAGGUGAUUACGAUAGGUUUGGCCUACCAGGAUCAACAGUAGCUAGCAGUUUUGGGAAAAUGCAUCUUGAAGAUAAACAAAAAGAGGCUAGUAAAAAUGACCUGGCACGAGCAACACUCGUUACAAUAACCAACAACAUUGGGUCAAUUGCCAGAAUGUGUGCUAGAAAUGAGGGCAUUGAGAGGAUUGUGUUCGUUGGUAACUUUCUGAGAGUGAAUACAAUAGCUAUGAAACUAUUAGCAUACGCCAUGGAGUAUUGGUCACAGGGUGCGCUCAAAGCCCUAUUUCUCGAACAUGAAGGUUACUUUGGCUCUGUUGGAGCCUUCCUUGAACUCAUCUCGCCGUACAUGGACCAGCCUGAACUUCAAGCCAAUGGCUUUACACAAACAACAACACAAUUCUCCUGAUCAUUUGCAAUGUCUGACCUGUAUUUCCAAAACUGAAGAUGUAUAUUUCAUAUAAUAUUUUAUUGAUUUAUUAUAUUGAUUAAUUAAUUUAAAUUGAUUAGGUGCAUGUUUAAAUUUGCUGAAUAGACAGCAGCUUAGCACAGCCAGUUAAACCGUGUGUGCGCUAAACUGUGGAGAUGUUUUCAGUUGUUUGGCCUCCAGUUCAAUUCCAUCUCAGCUAUCCUCGUAUUUCAGCCCGUGGACUAAAACGCAAGCUAUGAUUACGCAUUCUCUUUUGCAAGAGACAUUUAAUCUGCUAAUCCUGUGUACAAUAUGGCCAAUGUUCAUGUUAAAGAACUCAGUACACUUCAAAAUGGAACUGGUGAUUGUUUCCUCCUAGUGUACUGCCAGAAAAACCCUAGUGGAGUUAAGUCUUCAGAUUUUCGUGAGUUAUUCUUUUUCUUUUCCCAACAAAAUAUACCCUAAGUAUAAUUUUCCUACAGCUGUUAUGUUAUUAGAUUUUAAACCUAGUUUUUAGAUGAGAACAGAAAAUUACAAAGCUGAAUGUAAAACCAUAUUAUGAGUGCUAACAAAGAACGUUUUACUUUAAACUUUUUAGAAGGGUAUGAAUGCAAUUGUUGGGGCAUAGUUCAUAGUUUAAAUGUUAAAAUGAGGGGGUGGUGGUAGGGAGGUGGAGGGCUGUAAGUUGAUUCUUUGAGCAGUCUUUUUCCAUUCACACAUUUCCUUUUCUUCAAAAUAAGUAUCUAUUUUAACAAAAUAUAUUUUGUGAACUAUAUGGGCAUUAAUGAAGUGUACUAGUGAUAUUUUUUGUAUAAUAAUCAAUACUGUAUAUUCUCCAAUAAGCACCAACUCUCUUCGAUAAGCUCAAAAUAUAUUUGAGUAUUUUUUCUAACCCUGUAAAUGUCUUGAUAAUAAUGAGAGAAUAAUGAGGCAAAAUCAUACUAAGAUAACUAUAACUACCAUUUUGCUUUAUUUGUAUGGUAUAUAUAUGUAUAUAUAUUAAAUAUACAUAUUAAAAGAAAUAUAUAUUAAAACAUUUUGUUUAUCAUGGAUACAUAUAAUAUCCUCUUGUGUUUUAAGGGCAGAAUAUACAAUAGCAGAUCCAGGAUUUGAAAUGAGGAAGGUGCAUUACUGAUGGAAAGGCUUAACCCAUAGGCUGGUGGGCUGAUGGGACCAUGGAUUGAGACCCGGUGGGGUCAAGUGAGUGAAGCCCCUUGCACAACAAUGAUCUGAGCAUAAUUUUAAUGCUUAUUUAAAAGUUGUCAGGAAUAUUUUCCUUUUUUUGGGAUUUCAAAAAAAUGGUAAUGUGCACCCCUAGAAUGCUCCCUAUGGAUCUGUCAUUGGAAUGUCCCACUUCUAAAAGAAAAGUUCGCUGGGAAUAUUAAGAAUUUUUCCCCACCGAGAAUUUAGCCUAUUUCAUGUCCCAUUGUAUCACACUCUCUAAUUAGUAUACUUCAAAAUAGCUUACACAUUGAUAGUAAGUAAAUCUUCUAUAGCAAAUACUAGUUUCGUCAUUGGUGACGUUAAAUGGAGACCAUUAGAAUUUAAUAUCAAAGUUAUUAGAUAAGUGCGGUUGUAUUUUGGCAGAAAAUAUAGCCCUUGGUGUUAAAUAAUAUUAGGGGUAAUUGGAGAGUGUAUGUGUGUGUGCUUGCAAGAAUAAUUUAGGGGAGAUAGAAUAGGGGUAUUUUUAUUUCUGAGGGGAUAUUUGUAUUUGAUUGGUGUGUUAAUGUUGGGUAUUUAGAAGUGCUGGUAAGGAAGGGAUAAAUGUGUUCACCCCCGUAUAAUAGUAAUGGUACUAUAAGUGUUAUUAAAUAAUAUAUAUUACAUGUAUCUCAUUCCAUUUGUAGAUGAACCAAUAUGAUGUGAAUUAAGAGAUGUCUUCUAGAACUGCCAUUAACUCAAUCAAGUAAAUUUAAAGCAAUACUUUUUAUAAUUAGCAGCUGGGUUGUGGCUCAGUUAGGUUAAGUCUUUUAUAAUGUGUAGCGUAAUUGUACUGUACUGUAUGUAUUGCUGCUGAUCAAAUCCUAUCUGUCUCCCUCUAUAGUCUCUGCCCAGAUUAUGUCGAUUCUAUGUUUACUACAAUAUGGACAACUGUUUGUAUUCGUUAUAUUUCUUAUAUUCGUAUUUAAAAUGAGAAUAUUUUAUCCAAUUGCAACAGUUAGAUUUCAAUGGUAAGUUUAUUACUAUUAAAUAGUAAAAUAAAUAUAAAAUGUCAAUAUGAUUAAACAAUAUGUGUAUUUAUGAUUGGUAAUAGAUAUCCAAAUAGAUAUUAUUGUAAUUACAUGUUAUGGUGGUUUUACAAGAGAACUUGAAGAAUAAUUGUGCACAUUAUUUUAAUGCUAAUUUUAUACAUUUUACACCUGUCUUACCUUGGUACUUUGUGAAUGGCUCAUUUUUAUUUAUAUCUGCGGAUCUGUCACAAUUUAAGAACAGCACCGGUGAUUCAGUAGACAUUUACAAAGGGAGGCAAGACACAAUAUAGAAAGAAAAAUGUAAUUUAUUAAUGACGAGUUAAAAUAUAACAUUGUACGUUGUGUGCAUUUUGUGAAACAUGUAAUUCAGAAUUAAAUUAUUGUCAUACAAAAAGUUAUGCAUUAUGAAGUUAUAUAUCCUAACAAUGCGAUGUAUGAUGCUGCACAUGCGCACGGCCAGCAGAGUGUCCUGAAUAAAAUCAAAAUGAGCCGUCCGAGGAUAUAAAGGUAUUUUUCAGCGCAAAAGCGCUGUAAAAUGGUUGUUUUUUUUAUAGUCCAUUCCUCUAUAUACCUCUUUAAAAAGUGAUUUCAACCCUGGAUUGUACGUACAUUAGCAAAGUUGUAUGACGGUAUGAGGGUAUGAGACACUUGCUGUUUAAUGUCUCGAAUUAAAAGGUUGAUUUGAAUAAAAUGUAUAGGCCUAGGCCUACCCUACGGGUGAGUUUGUUUGUGCUGUAUUGAUGAUCACUCAACAAUGAUUAUUUAGGUGACGAUUGGUUAAUAAAUAUAUACCUAUAUAUUCAACAGAU